AUGAUUUUUCAGCUGUGUCUAAUAUUCAUAUUGCUGCAAUCGAAAGCAAAAUGUGUAAUCUACGCACCGGCACAGUACUACCCGGGUGAGAAGACGCUGGAAUAGUCUGAAAGGAGCCUGGUUUUAGAGCAUGGAGUAAUUACUUUAUAUAUCGGUAACCCAGCAAAAACCUUUAAUGUGGAAAUGACAAUUUUCGAAGCGAGUUUUCUAACAGUAACAAUGUUCUCGUCUCAGUGUUUGCUCGAGAAAUGCUUGACUUUCAGGACCAUUGUAAAUGGGCUGGAUGAUCGGUGAGCUAAAGAGUUGUAAAGGCCGACAUCUCCAACAUCUUUUAUUCUUCCUUAUUUCAGAAGGGCCGAAAAAAUUAUCGAUGUGAACCUUGCGCCCGGUCUCGUGUUGCGAUAUUUCAAGGAAAAAUCCUUUCUUUUCAAGGUGAGUGCAAUUAGCGCUGCAAAUGCUGUUUAGGUUGGAAAUUACAGCUUUAACGGUUCGCUGGCAACUGUUCGUAAAACCCCUGACAGCGACGCAGAAACAGAUACUCUGGAGUCCAGGACCUUCAACAAUUAUGAUGGAUACCUGCCUAUGAUCUUCCGUGGCAAUGAGCCCAAUUUUUUUAAUGAGGCCAUUGUGGGGGUGGCUGAAAAGAUGAUUACAUUUGUUCCGACUAGUCCUUCGGUAGGUUUGGAAAGCAUUUUGGCGAAAUAAUGAUAGGUAUUUCGUUCCACAAACACCUUUCAUAUACCAGCUCUGCCUGCAGCGUAAAAGUUAAAACUUUUAAAGAUUGAUAAGUGCCCAAAGCAGGUCAUGCUCACAAAAUAAAAAAAAAUAUCAUAGAGCGCUUCUUCAAUUAUAUACAAAAAUCAUAGUUUUUCUCUUAAAGCCUUGUUUUAUUGUACAGCAAGGAUCGUAUUUCAGUCUCACCACGCUGGGAUGUAUAUUGGAGCGGUUCCUGAGAAUCUCUGCAACUUCCAAAACACCACUUUAGUUCCGAUUGGGCUCAUUUCCACUGCUGCCCAAGUAGACCGAGCCCUUAUGGCCAACGUAAAGUAAGCAAAAUUAUGAUUAUUUUUUCAAAUUUACACUAAAAAUUUUAGUGUCAGCUACGCCAAGCCAGAUUCUGAGUUCAAGCAGGAGAAAUGGGACGUUCUCCUUCGGUUCGGCCCCUUUUUUUCAUUCAACUCCCAAACAUCGAAUCUUUUCUUCGGCGGACUGGCUAACAAGCAUAUCGUAGAAGAGGACUUUGCUAAAUUACCUGAAGUCAUCAUCGUUUCUUUGCCAGGAGAGAAAGAAUUAAAAAUCCCGAUCAAAGCCAUGUACAACAAAAGAGGCGGCUUUUAUGAACCAGGCUAUGUUUUGGAUGAAUCUGCCCAAUUUGGGCUGAAUCAGAAUAUCAUUCGAGAUAAGUGCAUCCGACUGGAUAAGACAAGUAACGACUGGUACUGGGGAUUGGGCGACAGGAUUGAUCAAUAA